GUGUAAAUGUGCAGAAACGGUAUGUGGGUUAAAAACAAGGAGAGGAACAGUGUAAACAAGUUUGUUGUUUUGUGUGUUUGUUUCCUUACUCCUCAACAAGGAAGUACGGAAGCACGUGCUUAUGCUUAUGUGUUCAUGCGCCUCGAGGUUCAACAUCGCACGUCCUUAGCAACGAACACGUCGUUUGUUGUGGUCAUUUCUUACUGAGGCGUUCGAUCUAAUAAAACUCAUUGUGCUUAAAUUGUUUGUUAAUAUCAACUUCAAGCUGUAAAGGUUCAAUAUUUGAAAAUGUUCCGGCAUGAGUAUGGGCUCGCAAUGGAUCGGGAUCAGAAUAGUGCUUCGAACGUAUCGUCCUACCAAGCAGACGAUCUUAUGGAAAAGCUUAAGCUCUUGAACUACGAGAGACUCUUGCUCAAGGAAAUGAAAAUGAAACAAAUCAAUCGAUACUACUUCCUGAAAUCGUUCAACCCGGGUGAACAAUUCUUCAUGUUUACGUCGAUAUGUGCGUGGUUGAUUCGGAAAAUCGGCAAAACAUUUGACCAGCCACAAGAGUUCGAUGAUCCUAAUAUGGUCAUAUCGCGAAUCAUUCGAGUUUUGCAGGAAAUGGACGUCCCCACUGAUUUUCAAACGAACAAGCUCAUUCAAGGAGCGGGUCCCAUUUGCAUCUACAUAAUGGACUGUCUAGCAACGCAGGCACUAAAACUUACAAAAUUCCAAAUCAAACGACCAGAAUGUAGGAAGGAAGACGAUCCGAUGGUAGACUUAAUUGAAAACGAUUCGGAGAUAAUCUUGGAAAAAGUAGAAGAAGAACAAAUGGCGGAAGGUAGCGAAGGAAGUGACGACGAAGGCAACGGCUUGUUUGAUUUGAAUUUUUCCGACCAGAAGAACAAGAAAAUAACCAUCAAAGAAUACAAGGUAGACUCCCUGACCGAUAGUGAAAAUUGGCGGUUGGAGUUGGAGCGAGUUUUACCCCAGUUGAAGGUGGUGGUCAAGACGGAUCCUCGUGAUUGGAGAGCUCACCUGGAGCAAAUGAGAAGCCUUCGGUCUAACAUCGAAAGUGCUACCGAUGAAACGGAUAAUCAGCUAAAGAAGCUACAAACGGACAUCAGCUACGUCAUGGAGAAAAUCGAAAGUCGGGAAAAGCAUCUGAACAACGAUUUGAAGGAACUGAUUCAACAGUACAAACAGAUUUUGGUGGAAUACAACCAUGUUAAUAAUCAAAUCAAGGCUAUCGAUAGUGAAAAAAUGGGAAAGGAGCACGAGCUUUCAAAAAUAACCAAUGAAUUAGAGAAUAUAAAGAUUCAGAUGGAGCAGCGUGGUAACUCGAUGACGGAUGGAAGUCCAUUGAUCAACAUUAAAAAAGCAAUAUUUAGAAUCAAGGAGGAAAUCUCUGAUAUGGACGUUAAGAUUGGUGUAAUGGAACAUACGCUGAAUUCGGAAAUUAUCAAGCAAAGUGCCCAAUACGCUGAGUUUGAUUCAUUAGUUAUGGCAGCCCAUUAGGAUUUAAAAUAAAA